UGUACCAAAUCCACUUAAAGAGUGUAAAAUUUAAAAUCCCAUUGUACAAAUUUUAAUUUUUUUUUUUUUAUAAAAAAAAUGAUUUUGGAUAUUCUACUCUUCUGUGUAAUUCCACUCUCUUUUAUUCUAUUCUCCGUCGCGAAAUUCCGCCGGAAACCUCUGCCGCCGGGGCCGCGGGGGUGGCCGGUGAUCGGAAACAUAGACAUGAUGGAUAAGCUCACCCACCGCGGACUGGCGGCGGCGGCGGCGCAGUACGGCGGAAUAUUCCACCUCCGGAUCGGAUUCCUCCACAUGGUGGCGAUUUCGAGUCCGGACGCCGCCCGGCAAGUUCUUCAGGUUCAGGACAACAUAUUUUCAAACCGGCCGGCUAAUAUUGCCAUUAAAUACCUGACGUACGACCGGGCCGACAUGGCGUUUGCGCAUUACGGACCGUUCUGGCGGCAGAUGCGGAAACUAUGCGUCGUGAAGCUCUUCAGCCGGCGGCGAGCCGAGUCGUGGGACUCGGUUCGAGACGAGGUGGACCGGAUGGUCCGAGUCGUCGCCACCAGCGCGGCCGGCGGCGCCGUCGAUGUCGGGGAGCUUGUUUUUGGGCUUACGAGGAAUAUUAUCUACCGCGCCGCCUUUGGAUCGUGCUCCGGCGAGGGACAGGACGAUUUUAUUAAGAUUCUCCAGGAAUUCUCGAAGCUUUUUGGAGCCUUUAAUGUCGCCGACUUUGUUCCGUGCCUAGGUUGGAUGGAUCCACAGGGAUUCAAUGCCCGUCUAGAGAAGGCGCGCGCUUCUCUGGACGGGUUUAUCGACACCAUCAUCGACGAUCAUAUGGCCAAGAAAAAUAUCGGCGGGGCGGAGAAAGAAUCGGACAUGGUGGAUGAAUUGCUGGCGUUCUAUAGCGAGGAAUCUAAGGUUUCAGAUUCUGAGGAUCUUCAGAAUUCCAUCAAACUUACGAGGAAUAACAUUAAGGCUAUCAUUAUGGACGUCAUGUUCGGCGGCACAGAGACGGUGGCGUCGGCGAUCGAGUGGGCGAUGGCGGAGCUGAUGAGAAGCCCGGAGGACCUGAAAAAGGUCCAGCAGGAGCUCGCCGACGUCGUAGGGCUCUGCCGGAAAGUUGAGGAGCCGGACUUCGAGAAGCUGACGUAUCUCCGGUGCUGCCUCAAGGAGGUGCUCCGCCUCCACCCGCCGAUUCCGCUCCUCCUCCACGAGACCGCCGAGGACGCCGUCGUCUCCGGCUACCGGAUUCCGGCGGGGUCGCGCGUGAUGAUCAACGCCUGGGCGAUCGGCCGGGACGCCGCCGCCUGGGACGACGCCGACAAAUUCCAGCCGGCGAGGUUCCUCCGCGACGGCGUGCCGGACUUCAAAGGGAGCAAUUUCGAGUUCAUACCGUUCGGGUCGGGUCGGAGGUCCUGCCCGGGAAUGCAAUUGGGUCUUUUCGCGCUGGAGGUGGCGGUGGCGCACCUCCUCCACUGCUUCACGUGGGAGCUGCCGGACGGGAUGAAGCCGGCGGAGAUGGACAUGGACGACGUCUUUGGGCUCACGGCGCCACGCGCCACCAGGCUCAGGGCGGUGCCGGCGCCCAGGCUGCUCUGCCCGCUUUACUGACGGCCGCCGGAGAAGAUGCUCCGGCGGGGAAUUGUUUGUUUGGGGACUUUUUUUUUAUUAUUAUUAUAUAUAUUAUACAUAUUUUGUGUGUUUUUUUUUUGGAUUUUUGGUGGAUUUUGGUAAUGAUGUGUAUAUUAGGGAGAAUAAAAAUUGAAAAGUGAUUAAUAUUAUGGAAAAAUUAAUAAGAAAAGGGAUUGGAAUUU